GAGCUGAGGUGUUGCUAGCGUUGCCUGCGGCGCUUCCGGGUCUCUGCUUCACUUUCGGGAGGCGGAGGCGGGAACCUGGAACUAUGGCUGUGAGGCUGCUGCGGAGCCUGGCAGGGUCUGGAGGUUGACCUCGCGACGCCUGUCUGCGGGCCCCCUGCUCCUGGUUUAGGGUUAUCUAGGGUCGCUCUGUCCCGGCUCCUAGACCCUCAAAAUGACCGCCGCCUCCACCUCCAAGUGGGGGCUGGUCACCAACGUAGUAAACAGCAUCGUGGGGGUCAGCGUACUCACCAUGCCUUUCUGCUUCAAACAGUGUGGCAUUGUUCUGGGGGCCCUGCUCCUGGUCUUCUGCUCCUGGAUGACACACCAGUCUUGCAUGUUCUUGGUGAAGUCGGCCAGCCUGAGCAAGAGGAGGACCUACGCUGGCCUGGCAUUCCAUGCCUAUGGCAAGGCCGGGAAGAUGCUGGUGGAGACCAGCAUGAUUGGGCUGAUGUUGGGAUCCUGCAUUACCUUCUAUGUCGUGAUUGGUGAUUUGGGGUCCAACUUCUUUGCUCCAUUGCUUGGAUUGCAGGUGACCAGGGCUUUCCGUGUGUUCCUGCUCUUCGCCGUGUCCCUGUGCAUCGUGCUCCCACUCAGCCUGCAGAGAAACAUGAUGGCCUCCAUCCAGUCCUUCAGCGCCAUGGCCCUCCUCUUCUACACCGUCUUCAUGUUUGUGAUUGUACUGUCCUCUCUUAAGCAUGGCCUCUUCAGUGGGCAGUGGCUACAGCGGGUCAGCUACAUUCGCUGGGAAGGCGUUUUCCGCUGUGUCCCCAUCUUUGGCAUGUCCUUUGCUUGUCAGUCCCAGGUCCUGCCCACCUAUGACAGCCUGGACGAGCCGUCAGUGAAGACCAUGAGCUCCAUCUUCGCCUCCUCCCUCAACGUGGUCACCGCCUUCUAUGUCAUGGUGGGGUUUUUUGGUUACGUCAGCUUCACCGAUGCCACCACAGGCAAUGUACUGAUACAUUUCCCCUCCAACCCGGUGACAGAGAUGAUCCGAGUGGGCUUUGUGAUGUCUGUGGCUGUGGGCUUCCCCAUGAUGAUUCUGCCAUGCAGACAGGCCUUGAACACACUCCUAUUUGAACAGCAGCAAAAAGAUGGAACCUUUGCUGCAGGCGGCUACAUGCCCCCACUCCGGUUUAAAGUCCUCACCCUCUCGGUGGUGUUUGGAACCAUGGUCGGUGGGGUCAUGAUCCCCAACGUGGAAACCAUCCUUGGCUUCACAGGAGCGACAAUGGGCAGCCUCAUCUGCUUCAUCUGCCCGGCUCUGAUCUAUAAGAAGGCCCACAAGAGUGCCCCCUCAGCCCAGGUGGUGCUCUGGGUCGGCCUGGGCAUCCUCGUGGUCAGCACACUCACCACCCUGUCUGUGAGUGAAGAAGCUCCUCUGGACUUGACGCAAGAAGCUCGCAGCGGCCAGAGAGGAGACGCGGAGGGUGCAAUGAAGGUGGAGGCAGCCCGGCUGUCAGGACCUUCCAUGGUUUCUGCUGCUGCCUGCCUUGGCCACUUGUGGAGGUGGCAGAGGUCCCAGCUCCUUUGAUAGUGUCAAGAUUCAUCCAGAAGAGACCCUGCUGCUGCUGUUCCUCUCUCCUUGGCUGACCUCUUGACAAGAGUCCUGUCACCUCCCCUUUGUGCCUGAUGAGGUUUUAAAAGCUUUUUGCGUCAUGUGUUCCUUUGUCCUCCUAUUUUCUCGUUCAGUUUUUCUGCUGGGUCCAGGAGAUAGCAGUGGGCUCCUUUCACUGCCUUCCCUGAGGUGAUGGUCCUCGUGGGACCUGCUGGAUCAGAAGGGUCCCCUUGGGUAGCUGCUGGCCUGUGCCAGCCCUGUGUGUGCUGUGGCUGUGGUGUUGCUCCAGGGCUGCAGUGCUGGCUUCCCUGGCACCUGCCACAGGCACGCACUCACGCACGCACGCACUCACGCACGCAUGCACGUGCAGGUCGGGGGCGGAGUCAGGAGUGAAGAGCAGGAAGGCUUCCUUGCUGAUGCGAAGGCUCUACAGCGUUGGCCCUGGCUACAGCUUAGCCCUCAGCUCUCGGGAGCUUAUUAUCUGAGCUGUAAUCGGGAAGAUGAGCUACGGAGCCAUCCAGCUAAGCCCAAAAGAUUGGCUUGUAAGUCAGACCUCAGCAGGUGCCACUUCCUCACUGAAGCCCUGACAACAAAGCGGAAGCUGCUUGUUAGGAAAGCCCCAGAACAGGGGCUGGCCACUCCUCCAGAACCCAGGUUGCUGAGCUCUUGAGCGGUGCGACUGUUCUUGCACCAGCAGGACCUCAUCCAUAGGGCGAAGGGUAUUAGCAUCCCUGGGCUGGAUGCCAGCAUGCAGCGGUGACAUGAGCCCCAGAGGCCAGUGACCACAGACCGCCACCGCGAUGUGGAGCCUGCUGUCCAGCUCCUCAGAGGAAGAAGCAGCCUCCAGCCUGGGAGUCAGCUGGAGUGUGAGAGCGUGUCUCCAAGAGGGCCAGGGGAGGAGGGAGGAGAGGGCUACAGCCUGGAACAGGCCUGCUCCACACGCAAGGCCUCAUGAGGCGGCCUUCGGGCCCUCCUCACUGGACACUCAGUGGGAUUGCUGUCUGGGAGGCAGGACUCCUGUCUGUCCCUUAGGGACGCACUGCAGCAGGGGAGCAGCAGGUGUGGCUGUUGCCUCAUUGGCCCAUCUAUGCAUGGGAGGAGCCCAGGACUUUGCUGGGAUGUGGCAGCUGCCAUGGGAGGACAAAGCCUGGGCCUUUGAUGGCUCCAGUUACUAUACUGUCGGCAGGCCUGAUGGCUGCAGUGCGUGGGGAGCCCUGCUCACUGAGCGUGGGCCUUCCUCUGGGCCCACACCAGGCCUUCACUUGAUUGUCGGUUGGCCAGUGAGGCAGGGGAACCUCACCACCACUCUGUUUCCUGUGGGAGGGGGCACGCUGGGUGAGAGCUGCCAGCUUUGGAAGUUUAUGUUUUGUGGUGGCUGAGAGCAUUGUCAACAUCCAUUCCUGGCGAAAGGUCUGUUCCUAUCUUGGGGAGCCCGUGUCCGGCGCUGACUAGCAGCCGCGGAUUACUGGAGCUCAGGUGCAAGAAGUAGGGCCUAGAAAACCUUCACAGCCUCUGCCUGUCAGCCCACUUCCGAUCUUAGAAUACAGACGGGUUUGGCAUUCCCAAGAGGCCACUCAGAAGAGCGUCAGGGCAGCCCCAUUCCUGCGUGGUCAUGGAGCUGGGCACUUAGCUGCUGUGUGGAGCCUCCCCGGGGUUCCAGGCACUGAGCAGCAGGCCCUUCUCACCCGGAAUGAGCGAGGCACCACUCAGAGGAGGUGUCCUUGGCCGUUGUUUGUAAAGCUUUUCUUCUUUGCUGGUGGUGGUGGCGCACACCUAUAAUCCUAGCACUUGGGAGGCAGAGGCAGCAGGAUUUUUGAGUUCCAGGACAGCCACAUAAAUACCACAUAAAAUAAUAGCCACAUAAAAAUACCGAAACCCAAACAAACAAAAAGCCAAAAACUUAAUUUUUUUCUUGUAUAUGUAUAGGUGUUUCCCUGCCAUGUGUGUUUGUACAUGUGCAUGCCUGGUGCCUGAAAAGCUUAGGAGAUGCAUCAGGUCCCAUAACAGUGGACUUAGAGACAGACUGAACCUCUGUGUGGGUGCUGGGGACCAAACCAGGUCCUCUGCAAAAGCAGUCAGUACUCAAAAACCACAUAGCCAUCUCUUCAAAUUCUGUUUCUAAGGUUGUUUUUCCCCUGCGUAGUUCCUCGGAUCCUGUUAUGACUGCCCAGCACAUGGAAAGUGGUUUUUGGUCUUUUGAGGUAGGAUUUCAGGCAGCCCUGGCUGGCCUGAAACUGGCCUAAGGUUCCCACAUCCACCUCCAAAGCACCGUGAUGUUGUCACACCUAGUUAUGCUGUGCUGGUGCUGAGCCCUGGCCAGGCCUGUGCACUCCCAGCUGAUCCCAAGUUCUAAAGGUACUCUUUUUCAGUGAUGCCAGUUUUCUCCAGUUCUGUAACCACAAUACUAUGCUGUGGCUCCUGACGAAACUCGGAUCCCUAUGUAUUUGUGGGCAUGUGAAGAACAAUUUUGGCAGCCUCUCCUUUUGGUCUCACCUUGUGAUGUGAAUUUCCCCCACCAACAGCAACAUUCAACCCUAUCCUUAAAGACCUUUCAGUUAGGCCUUAGGGCAAGCAGUUGGUUCCUGCUGGGAGACCCUGGGGACAUUGCCUGGCCGUGGGCUAACGCUGCCACCUGAUGGUUGUGGAUGAGUAUUACAUAGCAUGUCUUCUGUCUACAUGUAUACAUUGAAUUAUGACUUUUUUUUUAUUAUGAAUGGAAAGGAAAGAUUCUGUGCCGUUUAGCUGAUAAUCACGAUUAGACAGGAAGAAGCCUAUCUCCAUUCUGCCAUUUGGCUUCGACAUGUGGUGCUGAUCUUAGGAAGACGGCCUAGCCUGCACUGGUUUCUGGUGGUUCACUGUGCUGUGC